AUGGUGCUUCUGGGUUUCCUGCAGGCCGGAGGGUCCAUGCUGGAGCAGGAGAUGGAGCAGGUGACAGGCGACAACCUGCUCUCCAAGCUCCUGGUUCCCUGCUCCUUCAUGCUCAGCCUAGUCUACCUGUUCUGCCUCGCUGUCAGCCACUUGGUCCUGCUGCCCCCUAGGGCGAAAAGUCCACCAUACAUUUUCUCCCCAAUUCCAUUCCUUGGGCAUGCCAUAGCAUUUGGGAAAAGUCCAACUGAAUUCCUAGAAAAUGCAUAUGAGAAGUAUGGACCUGUAUUUAGUUUUACCAUGGUGGGCAAGACAUUUACUUACCUUCUGGGGAGUGAUGCAGCUGCACUGCUUUUUAAUAGUAAAAAUGAAGACCUGAAUGCAGAAGAUGUCUACAGUCGCCUCACAACACCUGUGUUUAGAAAGGGAAUUGCAUAUGAUGUGCCUAAUGUGGUUUUCUUGGAACAGAAGGAAAUGUUAAAAAGUGGACUUAAUAUAGCCCACUUUAAAUAG